GCUAAUUGCAUCCUACGCGAUGACAGCCGUUGUCGCGAAUUAUAAGCAACACAAAUGACUCACACAAUAUUGGUUGUUUACAAUCUAGAAAAUGUCCUGGAAUUCAAAGACGUGGUCUUGGGUCAAGAAGUACUUCUCCGUGAAUCCUUUGUCGACGGACGGUAUGCCCGUGGUUGGCAAGUUCCGUACUCCUGCUGUUGGUUCUCGUCCCGAAAAGUACAAGUAUCCCAAAUCCCCUGCUUCCAACGUGAGCGGCAACUAUUACUUCCAGCGUGAUACUCGUCGAAACUACCCUCGUCUUGCUGUCUACACUCAACAAGAUGUCGCCGGCCUCAUUGAAGGUGCUUCCGUGAAGUCCAGCCUUCCCCUCCCUCAUGCCGAUAACCAACCUGUGACGCCCGCCAAGGUCACCGAGGUCAAGCCUUUGGUGGAAGUGUUGAACACCAAGCAAUUAUACAGCGUCCAGAACCCCGCACCUACUCCCAACUGGGGCCGUAAAGUUGAAUGGAAGCUCUCUGAAGACUUUGUGCCUCCUAACAAUGGUUCCUAUUUCCCCAUGAGAGUUUUCACCGCUUAGUUAUAUGGAGAAACCGAAAUAAACUAUCAUCAUUUUUUAG